AUGGCUCAAUUAAAUGUUAAACUUCUAGCUUUGUUAUUAGUCACUUUGGCUACUGUUAUUUCUGCCAAAACACACAAUGUUACGGUUGGUAGUGGUGGUGAAUUGUCAUUUUCUCCGAAUGAGGUUAAAGUAAAAGUUGGUGAUAAGGCUGAUUCGACGGGAACAAUUACAAUCACUAAAGAUACACCAAAAAAACUCGGAUUUUUCUGUGAUGUUAGUACACACUGUAAAGAUGAUGGUAUGAUGGGUGUCAUAAUUGUCAAAGAAUGA